AUGCAGGCACCUACUUCUGAUCGAGAAACAGCCAGCUUGUUGAUGACGCCGGAUUUCUACAAGCUGACGCUCAAGUUUGCCGAAGAUGAGAUUGCUCGGGGCAGCAAGGAUAGGAUCAUGCCGAAAGAUCUUGUCCCCAGUAUUUUCGACUCACCGGUAUCGGUGCACCGUUGGCAUUCGCUGAUAGCGAAAGGUGUCGAUGACGACUUCUUCUCCUCCGACAUCGAAGAAUCUGUUUUAAAAAGGAUGAGAUGGUCCCUCCUGCUGUGGACAAGCAAGCGCUGCUUCAAAGAUGGAUUCGAGCGUCUCCGACCGACCUAG